AUGAUGACCAAGUCGAUUUCUAUCGCCGAACCAUCCAUUUCGAAGAGAUUUAUUCAUCGGAAUCUCAAGUGGAGAGGGAAUUUUGGAACUGCUCCUUCUUCGUCUAAUCAUUGUGGUUUAUGUUGCUCGGGACGAGAUUUCUCUAGCGGUAGUGAUAUGAAGUUAAAUGAUGCAGUUGAUCUGUUAAGUGAAAUGGUCAAGUCUCGUCCUUUACCUUCCAUUAGAAACUCUUCUCUAUCAAGUCAUCAAAUUGUGGAUCUACACAACAUUUUCAAGGUUAUCACUAAGGCACUUGGAGAAUACUCAAAGCAUGUCAAAUGGACAGUUUUUAACAGAAUAUAUUCAAAAACGUGUACAAAAACUUACUGGAGAAUACUCAAAGCAUCAUUGCUUUCUGUAUGA